GACUGCAAUCUACCACCAAACGGUGCUGGUUUAGCAUGCAUACCGUAAAGACAAACGUUUGAGAAGGUGGUGGUCAAAGGAGAUCAAAUGGAGGGUGAGCGCUACUCUCCGAAUUUGUAUGAUAAUUGUAGUCAUGCGCCGAUCGUUGAGUUGGCCUUUCUUCUCGACCACCUUCAUCGCUUUGCGUACCUUUCCUCAGCGUCGACCAGUCUCUCAUUGAGACAAGAGAGUGACACAGGAUGGGGUCAAUGCCUCUGGUCCCACCAUUAUUCCCUGCGGGCAAGGAACCAUUGCCUCCAGGGUUCACAGAGGAAGAUCGGCAAAACAUGCAGCAGGCGAAGAAGUACCAGGACUACAUGACCAUGGGUUUUGCCAUCGGUGCUUUCUUCUCUCUAAUGUCCGCAUCAUUUGCAUAUGAGGACCCACUAUUACGGGCACAGGCACAGGCUCUGAAUACACGACAGAAGGCGUCAGAGAUAUUCAAGGAGAUGGGUCGAGGUAUGUGGCGAAGUGGGAAAGGGUUCGGCAAAGUCGGAGCACUCUUUGCUGGCAUCGAAUGCGUGAUCGAAUCAUAUCGAGCCAAAAAUGACAUGGUGAAUCCAGUCGCAGCAGGAUUCGUCGCGGGAGGUGUUCUAGCUCGAAAUGGUGGACCAAAAGCUGUGGUCGGCGGUGGUCUCGCCUUUGCUGCAUUCUCUGCCGUGAUAGACCUCUUCCUACGGCGAGAGACUUCCGACGAGGACUGAGGGAAAAUAUACACUAAUGCAUUUAGACUACUCUAAUCUUUUGGAUACCAUACAUCUGUGCUAUAAUCCCAUGCUUUGACCGCGAUCUCAGACACAAUCUGAAGGACGUACGUUCCUCAUCAAGGGCGGGAAGGGGACGCAUUUUCCCCGCCAGAUUUGCCCAUGGCAUUGGCUGUACCUCUGAACGGUGCGUUGUAUCGCUGCCUUCUAUUUAUAUUCCUGCGGACUGUGUUGCUGCCACGCGUGGCUCUUGUCUAUCUAAGCUCGUUGGUAUCUCUUAGCUUUCCUCAACCUCAUUUAACUCGUCAUUCCUGGAAAAUGAGAAGCUGCAGGACCUCACGCUGCAACAUGUUGGUAAGCCAACGCAGAGCCUUUGAUCACACGUACACGUAACUAUAUCCUUUUCCGGCCCAUAUCUCGUGCUUCAAGCAAAACAUUACACCGCCAUCUGGAUACCGACGGAUUAGGAAUCCGAAAUCGCGACCAUUGAUUUAUGCACCCAGACCUUUACCGGGGAGGCCAACUCAACGCAAUGUGAUGGUAGCCAUCAUUCGGCUAUACCUCAUCUUCCAAGGGCCUAUCGACUCUCGUCUUUAAGCUGGGAUCAAUGUCAUACCUAUGAGUGCGCGAAGCUACGUACAAUAGAAGUUACAAGUGCAUAAUGCUGGACAAGAGACUUCCUCGCGUUGUUAUGCUCUUGUAUAAUUGCUUCAGCAUAGCUUGUAAGUAUUGUGGGGUAUGCUACUUUAGCGGUGACCGGAGAAUGUGCACUGCAAGCCGGCGCUAAAGAAUGUUUCCAAGAUUCGCUUUCACUGUCCAGUCAUCUACUGUACUGCGGUCUACUGCAAGUACCAAGACCACCUCUGACAUGAUCACAGCUUGUUUCAGGAUGUAAACACAUCUCCGAAUAAACAUUUAACUUUGAACAGGG